GGCUGAACGGCCGGACCGGAAAUAAUAUCCAUGCCACAGAAAACGGCAAUUCAUUUGCGGCUGCAAAUGCAAACCUAGAUUAUGACGUCCUCAUUGUUGGUGCCGGGCUCAGUGGAAUCUUCUCCCUGUAUCGGAUGCGUCGACUUGGCUUGAGAGUCAGGGUCUUAGAAGCUGGAUCAGCUGAAGGUGGCACGUGGUUCUGGAAUCGAUAUCCUGGUGCGAGAUUUGACUCAGAGAGCUACUCGUACAUCUUCUCCUUCUCCCAGGAAGUUCUGGAUGAAUGGGACUGGACAGAACACUUCGCGCCCCAGACUGAGACGUUGAAGUACGUCCAGUUCCUCACCAAGAAGUUCGAUCUGAAGAAAGACAUGCAAUUCAAUACAAAGAUACGGUCAGCGCAUUGGCAACAAACCAAUGAUUCGUGGCUUUUAACGGACCAAGAGGGCAACACGUACACCUCUCGCUACCUCAUUACCGCCAUGGGAAUUCUCAAUGAACCUACCUUGCCGAACAUCCCUGGCGUCCGCGAUUUCAAGGGCACGGCAUGGCAUACUGCGAGAUGGCCUAGCGAUGCACCUAGUCUCGAAGGCAAACGCGUCGGGGUUAUCGGCACUGGAGCAACUGCAAUCCAAACCAUUCAGACCAUCGCGGAUCGCGUUGGCCAUUUGACCGUCUUUCAACGCACAGCCAACUGGACAGCUCCGCUCCGGAAUAAAAAGAUCACGCCGGAAGAAAUGCAGAAGAUUCGCAAAGAUUAUCCCGAAAUAUUUCGCCAAUGCCUGGAAUCGUACUCCUGCUUCAUCCACGUGGCCAACAGCAAGAGCGUGUUUUCAAUGACAGAGGAGGAGCGCCUUGCUCACUGGGAGGACUUGUAUGCCCGGCCUGGUUUUGCCAAAGUCCUGGGCAUCUCCGCAGACAUAUAUACGGACAGAGAGGCCAACGCACUCUACAGUGCGUUCAACGCGGACAAGAUUCGUGCACGGAUCAACGACCCAGUAGUCGCCGAGAAACUCAUUCCGAAGACCCAUGGCUUUGGUACGCGACGUGUGCCACUUGAAAGUGGCUAUUAUGAGGUUUUCAACAAGCCCAACGUCAAGUUGGUCGACAUCUCUGAGAAUCCUAUUGAGAAGAUCACAGCGAGUGGUGUACAGGCUCACGAUGAGACUCACGACCUUGAUAUUCUAAUCUAUGCCACUGGGUUUGAUGCCGUCACCGGAUCCUUCAACGCGAUAGAUUUCAAGGGCCUCAACGACACCAAUCUCAAGGAUGUGUGGAGCAAUGGCAUUCGAACGUUCUUGGGUUUGACCGUCAAGGAUUUCCCGAACAUGUUCAUGAUCAUGGGCCCUCAUCAGAUGUUUGGCAACAUCCCUCGAAGCAUCGAGUACGCGGUUGAAUGGACUUCCGACUUUAUCGGGUACGCGCAGAAGAACAACGUCUUGUACGUGGAGGCGACGGAGAUGGGCAUGGAGCAAUGGACCGAGCAUGUGCAUGAGUGUGGACAGGGAUUGUUAGCGAACGAGGUUGAUUCAUGGAUGACUGGGGUGAACAAGAAUCUUGCUCAUAAGCAGAAGAGGUCGAUGACGAGGUACAAUGGCCCGGCGCCCGGUUACCGAAGAAGAUGCGAUGAGGUGAAGCAGCGGAGUUAUUCGGACUUUGUCAUGAAACAAGGAUAGUUCAUUUAUCAAUUCAC